UGGUUUAUUAAAAGUUUUUUCUAUUUCUACAAAAGUUCUUGUAUAUACUUUAAUAAUGGGAUCAGCGGUUAAUGGACAACACAUUUCCUUAUCUCUCGUUGUAGUAGAUGUGUAGUGUAAUCUUUCUUUAUUUCACAGCAGUAGAUAUUCUCAAAUCAUAGUUCUACUCCCGCGAACAAGUGUGGAGUGAGUUCUUGCCGCGCAGUCCGGGAACUGAUCAUCAACUCAUCGUCUCCAUCUCCACAUCGCGUCUCCCUCCCCACCCACCCGCCAUCACCGCUGUCACCAACACAGCACAGGCAGCGGAGCGUCGGACGUCUAAUCUCUCUGAGCCACGCGCAACACCAUGUCGAGCCCGGCCGCAUCCACACCGGCAAAGUCCGGCCAGAUAGAGGAAAUCCCUCUGCCUCCUCCGCUGCAGCCCGCAGUUCCACAGAAUCGCUAUGCCGGCUUCGUCGCUGGUAUUUUCUCCGGCGUCACGAAGCUGUUUGUCGGGCACCCAUUCGACACGAUCAAGACGCGUCUGCAGACUGCGCCGGUGGAGCAAUUCAAGGGCCCGCUAGACUGCUUUCUCCAGACCACGCGCAAAGAGGGCUUCAGAGCACUGUACAAAGGCGCAACGCCGCCGCUGCUGGGCUGGAUGGCCAUGGACUCGGUACAAUUGGGGUCGCUGCAUAACUACAGGAUGCUGAUGAAGCAGCAUGUUUUCACGGACUGGGAAAAGCUGCCGCCGAUCGGACACGCAAUCUCGGGCAUCUUUGCCGGGUGGACUGUCAGUUUCGUUGCUGCGCCUAUUGAGCAGGUCAAGGCCCGAUUACAAGUCCAGUACAAUGCCGCGACAAAGACCUACACCGGCCCCAUCCACUGCGCAGUAACUCUCUACAAGCAAGCCGGCAUCCGCGGUCUCUACCGCGGCCUUUUCAGCACGAUGAUCUUCCGCUCAUACUUCUUCUUCCUCUGGGGCUCGUACGAUAUCAUGACGCACUGGGCUAAAGAAAACACAAAGCUCAGCACGGCCGCGAUCAACUUCUGGGCGGGCGGGCUGAGCGCGCAGAUAUUCUGGACGCUCGCGUAUCCGUCGGAUGUCGUCAAGCAGACAAUCAUGAUUGACAGUGUGACGCAGCCAAAGUUCAAGCGCUGGAUCGAUGCCGCGAAGUACGUCUAUCAGACGCGGGGAUAUCGGGGGUUCUUUAGAGGUUUUGUGCCGAGCUCGAUCAGAGCAUUUCCUGCAAACGCCUCGGCGCUGGCUAUGUUUGAGCUGGUGAUGAGAACCAUGGCGUAGUGUACAGUUUUGUAUCUAGACAUUUUCAUAUUUUUGGGCAAUGAAGGCUUGCAUUUGAUAUCCUUGCUCUUUUGAGCAAUCAAAGAGGAACUGUAGAUCUGUAUGUAUUUUAGACAUUGCAUAUUAUCCUCUAUCCUCUCCUUUACUAUCUCAUCUCAGAUAUAAUCCUUUC